AUGGACACAAAUACUGGAGAAUGCAAUAUUGCAGAAGUUGAUAUAUCUGAAUGGGCAGCACAGAAGAUAAAAGAUGCGCUUGAGGCAAAAGGAUAUUGUGUUAAUGAGAUGAGUGUAAAUGUCAAGAUGCACAGACAAGGCACAACGAUCAGAAUAGUGUAUAUAGUGAGUUUUGAAUGUGUUAAAGAUGGAGUAAGCUGUGGAGUGAAAGGAUUCCACAGUAUAUAUGAUGGAGCAGAAGGAAUAGAGGACUUUGAUUGGUUUGCAGAGUUCUUUGCAGAAAUGGAAGCAGAAGCUGUACUGAGAUAUGGAAGUAAUGUUGUUGAUGAAUGUAUUGAAAGACAAAGUGAAAAUAAGGUAUGUCAAAGUAUAAAUACACCAGAGGCGAAGACCAAAAAGAUGAUUCAUACUACAAGGAUAAAUUGCGAAGCAGAUGAAAUUUGUGCGUUUCUAUUAGACAAGCAAUACAUUUGUGUAUGGGGUGUCGAUGUUAGAGUUGAUGAUAAUAAGGUAGUAAUUGGGAAUGUGACUAUACAGAAUCUUAAAGUUGAGAAGCAGCAUGAUGGAGCAAUGUGUGUUACAAUGUAUUGGAAGUUUGAUGGAUGGAGCAUGUUCUCUGAUGUCUCAGUUCAUAUUGAAUCGAAAGAUGGGAUUAGCAAGGUAAGGGUCAAGCAGGAGCAGGUUCCAAUCACAGCAGUCAAGAAUGUUGAGACGUGGUGGCGAGAAGCGGCAUUUUCACGGAUUGCAUUGAAUUUUGGAUUUUCGAUUAUGCCAGUUGAAGAUGAAUGA